UGAAAAUUCUCAGGGCACAUCGCAGGACAUGAGUUUGUCAUCCAGGACGUCACAGCAAAGUUCACAAGAAGGGAGUGACCCAAGGUUUUUAAGCUGUUAUCAGACUAAGCCUCUCCUGUUUGGAGAACUGAAGGACAAAACAAGACCCUUUGGAAUACUGGAUAAAUUUGAAGAGGACAGGAAAAAGGCAAAAGAAAAAAAUGACAGUGAUCUUUUCACCAAAGAAUAUCAACAUACCAGAGAAACUCUCAACAAUAUCCAACAACUGGUCGAUGGCACAGAGAGAAAUAUGGCAGUGUGCCAAACCAUCCUUGAAAAAUUUGACAGUUUUGCAUCAACACGUAAGUCUUCUAAAGGACUGAUGUGUAUUAUUUUAAGGUUGCGGUCUGCAUAG